AUGUCCGACUACCUUACCUUUUCCUCCGAGCCUUCAGGCCGUCAUGAGGGCAAAAAACAUAUUAUUAUAGUUGGCGCGGGUAUUAUUGGUGUUUGCACCGCCUACUACUUAGUGAAGCACCCCAAGUUUGAUCCCCAAAAGUACCAUAUCUCCUUGGUGGAAAGCAAGCGAGUGGCCGGUGGUGCUAGUGGUAAGGCUGGUGGCCUUUUGGCGCUUUGGGCUUUCCCACAACAGUUAGUGCCUCUUUCUUUUCAAUUGCAUCAGGAGCUUUCUGACUUGUAUGAUGGCGAAAACGUGUGGGAUUACAGAAGGCUUACUACAGUGUCCAUAGAGGGUGACAUAACAGGAUUUAUCCCAGAAGAAGAUGAGAGCAAUUCGGAAUCGGAGAAGCAGGUGACGCAGAGUGCGCUGCCCGACACUGAGUUCCCACCCAAGAAGACAUCUAAAGUCACCAGACAACGAGAUUCCAAGAAAUUGCCCACGGACUUGAACUGGAUCACAGAACAGUUCGUCAACCUGUGCUCCUCUUUGGGUGGUAAAGAUACCACCGCUCAGGUGCAUCCUUACAGAUUCACUAACUUCAUCUUGAAGAAGGCUGUUGAAGAUUCCAAUGGCGCCCUAGAACUUAUUCUCGGAAAAGUGAAUAAGAUUCUAUAUCUGAUGGAUACUGGUGUUGCCACAGGUAUCACAUACGAGCCAACGAGCGCCAAAAAGGACGUCCACGAGCCCGUGAGCUUAAAGGGUGAUCAAAUUGUUCUAUCCGUGGGUCCUUGGACGUCCAAGAUCCUCCCAGACUGCCCAAUCUCUGGCUUGAGAGCUCACUCUAUCACCAUUGCGCCACAUAAUGACCAGCGUGUGUCUCCAUACGCUAUCUUCACAGAAUACAAGGUUGGAAACAAGUAUGUGUCGCCUGAGAUAUACGCAAGAAAGGACGAGGUCUUUGUGUGCGGAGAAGGUGAUUCUGCCGUUGACGUGCCAGAGACGACGGACGAUGUUGAGGUGGUUAAGUCGAAGUGUGACGAUCUUUUCUCACAGGUAAGUAAGAUGUCUUCGAUGUUGCGCAAGGGAAGAAUUUUGAAGAGACAAGCUUGUUACUUACCUGUGUUGGACGUACCCUCGUCUAGUGGCCCAUUGAUUGGCGAGACCAAUGUGGACAAUCUUUUCUUAUGCUCCGGACACUCAUGUUGGGGUAUCAACAAUGCUCCAGGUAGUGGUAAGGUAAUGAGUGAACUUUUGUUAGACGGAAAGGCCAAACUGGCCAACAUCUCGACGCUAGAUCCGUCGCUUUAUUUCGAUGCAUCUGUUUUGGUCGAUGAAGAAGACGAUGCAGAGGAGAGGAAGGCGGAGCCCAACAUGUAA